GAGCACAUGGCACAGGAUUGUCUCCUGAUGGUUCUGGAAUAUCCCCAGUGAGGGAGACUCCUCACCCUCUCUGGGCAAUCUGUCACUUGCACAGUAAAGAAGCUCUUCCUCAUGUUCAGGUGGAACUUCCUGGGCACCAGUUCCUGCCCGUUGCCUCCUGUCCCAUUGCUGGGCACCCCCGAGCAGAGCCUGGUCCAUGCUCUGACCCCUCCCUGCAGACACUGACAGACAUUGUUCAGGUCCCCUCUCACUGUCUCCUCUCGAGGCUGAACAGCACCAGCUCCCUCAGCCUUUCCUUGUAAGGGAGAUGCUCCAUCCUUUCAUCAUCUCCACAGCCUCUGCUCUGCCUGCUCCAGGAGCUCCAUGUCCCUGCUGUCCUGAGGAGCCCAGACCUGGACACAGCACUGCAGAUGUGCCUCACCAGGGCUCAGCAGAGGGGCAGGAUCACCUCCCUGACUUGCUGGCAAUGCUCGUCCUAAUGCACCCCAGGAUACCAUUGGCCUUGGCCCCAGGACACACUGCUGGUCAUGGACAACUUGUUAUCCAGCAGGACCCCCAGGUCCUUCCCUGCAGAGCUGCUCUCCAGCAGGUCAGCUCCCAACUUGUACAGGUGCCCAGGGUUGUUCCUCCCCAGGUGCAGGCAUUUGCCCUUGUUGAAUUUCAGAGGGCUCCUCUCUGCCUGUCUCUGUCUCUCCAACCUCUCGAGGUCCCUUGAAGGGCUGCACAGCCCUCUGGGGGAUCAGCCACUCCUCCAGCUUUGUGGCAGUGAACUUGCUGAGGAGGCGCUGACCCCUUCAUCUGAGUCAUUGAUGAGUAAGUUAAACAAUGCUGGGCCCAGUACUGAACCCUGAUGGACACCACUGGUGACAGGCCUCCAAACUAGACCCUGAUUACGAUCCUCUGGGAUCUGCCAUUCAGCCAGGUCUCAAUCCACCUUGCUGUCUGCUUAUCCCGCCCACACUACCUGAGUUUGCUGAGAGAAGGUGUCAGAAGCCUCCCUGAAGCUCAUUAGACAAUAUCCACUGCUCUGCCUCAGAAGAUGCUGCAGCUAUAACUUUUGGAAAGAAGAGCCACACGUGUUUGGUGAGUCCUCAGUCCCUGUUUCCCCUGACAGGGUCCCUGUUGCAAUGCACAGUGUACACACAGCUGUGUGCUCUGUUCUCCCACACCAUGUUGCACACACAUAGGCACUCAGGGAGGUUCCCUGCCCACGUAAACCAGGGCACUGAUUGAUGAUUCGUGGCUUUCACCUUGUUCUGACCCUGCUGCUCUGUGCAACCCAGCUGUGGUUUGUUUCAGGAUUAAUAACAGGUAAUCAGCAAUGUGGUGACAGUGAUGUGCCAUGUACCAGGGAGCAGCAUCCUCCUGUGGGUCAGGACCAUAUUCCUAAAAUGAAAGAAAUGACAAAGUUGGUCAAGUUUGAUGCUACUCGUACUUUACAAUAUGUGUAGUUACAGGGCCUGGUAUUACAUACCCAGCCUUAUGAAAUUGCUGUCAUGUAUUUCACUGUUACUUGACAUAAUAUGAAGCUGUCUCAGGGGAGGAUUAGGCUGGAUAUUGGGAAAAGGUUCUUCCCCCAGAGGGUGGUCGGGCACUGAACAGGCUCCCCAGGGCAGUGGUCAUGGCCCCAAGGCUGCCAGAGCUCAAGGAAUGUUUGGACAAUGCUCUCAGGGACAUGGUGGAAUUGUUGGGGUGUCCUGGGCAGGGCCAGGAGCUGGAUUUUGAUGAUCCUCGUGGGUCCCUUCCCUUUGAUUCUGUGAUUGUAUACCAGGUUAUAUGCCUUGUUCAGGUCAUGGCCAGUAAGAGUCAGAGCAAAACUGAGAGCAGCUCUGCAUGCAGUUCUGAGCAGUUACUGUGAACAUUAUGUCUUGCAUACUAUGUGUCCUUGAAUUAUGGAAAAGACCCAGCAUGGCUCAGCUUUUACCUGAGGAUACCUUUUACCUUAGGAGACCUCAGAGCACAUGCUGCAAUUUUUGUGUUGCCAACAGAGUGGUAGGAGCACUCAUUUCUGGGGAAUGCCUGCAGGAGCUUUCUCUUGAAAAACACAGGACAGGCAUUGCCUUGAGCAAAAUGAGUCUGGUUCCUGCUGAUACAGAGCUGAGAUGACCAGAUUCAGUCAGCAGCACCCUUUACCUGUAUUGUUUAAAGCUCUGCCUUACCUGAGAAUAACAAAUUCUUGCCAUACAUGCUUCUGUACUAGAUGGGACCUCUCCAACCCCAUCUUCAAGGUCACAGCCUGAUUGGAGUCUCCUUGGGAAAAGUGUCCAGGAGUCCAGCUCAUGCAAAGCCCUCCCAGCACCUGGAGCAGCAGGUUAGAAACUUCCUGAGCACGGAGACCUUUGUUAGAGCUUUUUCAGCACUUCUUCAUGAAGCUUCCCAACCCCUUUUCUUGAACCUGUUGACUCCCACCACACCUUGUGGCAGUCUGUCCCGACCUCCGAGCUGUGGGAAAAAGCUUCUCCUUCUGUUUGAAGUAUCAUAGCAGAUCCAGUAUUGUCACACAGCAGGUAGCUGGAGAUUAGAUUAGGUACUUGGAAAGAAUUCUUUACUGGGUUGGAAGGGCCUUUAAAGAUCAUCCAGUCCCACCCCCUGCCAUGGGCAGGGACACCUUCCUCUAGACCAGGUGGCUGAGUUCAGUCCAGCCUGGCCUUGAACACUUCCAAGAAUGGAGCAGCCACAACUUUUCCAGGCAACCUGUGCCAGGGCCUCACCACCCUAAAUAAUGCCAAAUAGCCUGGGCUGAAUGCCAGUUCAGUAUGAGAGAGAAAUGUGUCUCCAGUUUUUAUUGCACUGUAUUUAUCUGUAAUCAAUUUAAUCUGUUUGCAGAUCCUUUAUAGCAUUCAAUGAUUAGCUUGAUAACUUGGAAAAGAGUCAAAAGCACUGGACAUUUGUUGUGCAGGGAAAAACAUGGAGACAGCAACAAAGUGUUGCAGAAGUUGCCAAGGAAUGUUUUUCGUCCUUGUUACAUAAAUGGGGAGUGCUCCUUGAAUCCUCCAGCUGAUGUGGUUGGAAGUGAUCUUUUUUUCCAUCUUCUAGGAGCGAAGAUGCUCUUUAUCAGUGUUUAUUUGUAGGUUCCUUGGUCCCUCUCAAAUCUCAGAGUGGUGUGACUGCAUUUCCACGUGCAAUCAAAGGGUCAGUGACACUUUUGGCCUCACAGUAUUUGUGUUUUCUUUGUCCUGCAAGCUCUGCUGUGCCCCCUGCAUGGUAGCACAAACUACCCUGCCAAAUAACAGGUGGCUGCAAAAGCUGUUCUGUUUUCUAGGACGUGUUGUCUCUUGCAGAAACAUGAAUAAUUGCUUCCCAAGAAACUACUGGAGAGGUUCUGUUCAGCUUUUUUGUCCUCAGGUGCCUUUGUUGCAUUUUGCCAUAUCUCAGCAGUGGGACCAAUUCUGAGCUUGUCUCCUUUUCCUUGUUUUUUUCCUUAAAAAGGAUGAUGUUUUGCAGAUGUCUACGUAUUGAAAAUACAUUUCCAAGCAGAACUGAACCAACAGCCAUCUGAAAAUACUGUCAAGUCCCAAAUCUGAAGCUCUCCUGGUGCCAUGGAGGACACGUCCAGCCAGAAGUCCGGACCAAGCAAAGACACACUGAGCUCCCCAGUGCCACAGGAGACUCCUGCCCAUUUCAUCCACGUCAAGUUGGAGGAAUAUGAGCCCACAGACUUCAGCACCAAGGAACUCAUCCUAAAGAAAGCCAGAGAGGUCUGCACAUGCAGUCGUCAAACCAUCAUCACCUUCCUGUGCCGGUUGUUCCCAAUGCUGGACUGGCUCCCUUGCUACAACAUCAAGACACAGUUGCUUGGGGACAUCAUAUCUGGGCUCCUGGUGGGGAUAGUCACCAUCCCUCAGUCCGUCUCCUACUCCCUCCUAGCCAGCCAGGAUCCCAUCUACGGGCUCUACACCAACUUCUUCUGCAGCAUCAUCUACUUCGCCAUGGCCACUUCGCGGCACAACUGCGUGGGCUCCUUCGGGGUGCUGUGCCUGCUGGUGGGGCAGAGCGUGAACCGGCACCUGCGGCUGGCGGGGUACGGCGACGACAGCUCCGACAGCUCCCCACUGCUGGGCAACACCACCUCUGCUGGCAACGGGACAGCUGCCUGCGACAGGAGCUGCUACGCCAUCACCGUGGCCCUUUCCUUAUGCUUUCUGGUUGGCAUUUACCAGAUCGUGCUGGGGGUUUUACAGCUGGGAUUUGUGGCUGUCUACCUGUCAGAACCUCUCCUUGGUGGCUUUGUGACCGGCUCCAGCCUCACCAUUAUCACCUCCCAGAUGAAGUAUCUCCUGGGACUGAAAAUCCCUCGUCACGAAGGGGUGGGAUCAUUCAUCCUGACCUGGGUUGACCUUUUCAGAUACAUUCGGAACACCAACAUCUGUGACCUGGUCACCAGCCUGGUUGCUUUGGCCAUCAUAGUGCCUGUCAAGGAGAUCAAUGACCGGUACAAGGAGAAGAUGAAGGCCCCGUUCCCCAUAGAGCUGCUGGUGGUCAUUGUAGCCACAGUCAUAUCUCACUACUUCAACUUUGAAACACGAUACAAUUCUGAUGUUUGUGGGGAUAUCCCCACUGGUUUCAGGAAACCCACUCUACCAGAUAUAAGCCUGUUUCCCAGCCUGGCAAUUGAUGCUCUGCCCAUUGCUGUUAUUGGCUUUGCCAUGACCAUCUCCCUGGCAGAAAUCUUUGGCAAAAAGCAUGGCUACACUGUCCGUGCCAACCAGGAGAUGAUCGCCAUUGGCAUGUGCAACCUGAUCCCUUCCUUCUUCUACUGCUUUGCCAGCUCUGCAGCCCUGACCAAGACUCUGCUGAAGGAGUCCACGGGGACCCAGACCCAGGUCUCUGGCCUGGUCACCUCCCUGGUGCUGCUGCUGGUGCUGCUGUGGAUUGCUCCGCUCUUCUACUCGCUGCAGACCUCCGUCCUGGGGGUGGUCACCAUCGUCAACCUGCGGGGGGGCCUGAGGAAGUUCCGUGACACCCCCCGGAUGUGGCGGCUCAGCAGGCUGGACACGGUGGUGUGGUGGGUGACCAUGCUGAGCUCCACCCUGAUCAGCACAGAGAUCGGGCUCCUCGUGGGCGUCUGCUUCGCUCUGCUCUGCAUCAUCUUCCGCACGCAGAGACCCAGGGCCGCGCUCCUGGGCAAGGUCAGCAACACGGAGAUCUACGAGGACCAGUCCACUUACAAGCAGCUCAGCAGCAUCGCCAACAUCAAAAUCUUCCGCUUCGAGUCGUCCCUCUACUACGCCAACAAGGACUAUUUCAAGACUGUUCUGUACCAGAGAACUGGGGUAAAUCCUGUUCUGCUGGCUGCUAAACACCAAAGGGUGCAGGCCCGGGCAAACACAGAGACAGGCAACAGCAAGAGCUUUUUGGGCACUGGGUUUAACUGCCUGAAACAGGCCAAGAAAAGGGCUGAGAAGCCUCCAGCAGAUGCCUGUCCUCCCUCCAUAGAUAUGCACACCUUAAUCCUUGACUGUGGGGCAAUGCAGUUCAUAGAUACUGUGGGUCUCUCUGUGCUAAAGGAGACAUAUCAUGACUAUAAGAAGAUUGGUGUCCAGGUGCUCCUGGCCAACUGCAACCCCUCCAUCCGCCACCGGCUCCGGGAGGGAGGCUGGGCUGGCGAGACAGGCAGUGAGGGUCAGCUGGCUUUCCACAGCGUCCAUGAUGCAGUGCAGUUUGCUGAGCGGUGGUACCAUGUGCACCAGGAGGAAAGCAAGGAGAAACAGGAUGCUCUCCUGGACCCCGAAGACCUGAACUUCCAGGUGUCUUUGUAGACCUGUGUGUGGGGAAUGAUUUCUAACGGGGAAGGGCUUGGUACGUACUCGAGAGCAGUUUCGGUCUUUGUGCAGUCAGAGCGCGCAGGAGAGACUGGUGAUGAUCUGCCAGCAGCGGCAUGGGGGAGAAGGAUGGGAAGAGAGAUUUGAGGAGAGAUUGGCAACAGGUAAAUCGUCCGGGAGGCGUUUUUUGGGGUCCGUCGUGCCGGUGAGAGCCGGGGCGGCGUUUGAGGCGCUCCCGCCCUGCACUGCCCCGCGGGGGCGCGGGGGGGCGCGAGUGAGACGCGCUCGGGGCCGUGUCCUGCAACCCCGGCGGGCUCGGGGAAUCCGGGAUGGUUUGGGGGGGACAGAGCUAAAGGUCAUCCCCUUCCAGCCCCCUGCCAUGGGCAGCGACACCUUCCACUAGACCAGGUUGCUCCAAGCCCCGUCCAACCUGGCCUUGAACACUUCCAGGGAUGGGGCAGCCACAGGGUCAAGAUGGGACACUAAGACAAAGGAAAGAGGAGCUGCAGGCAAGGUCAAGAGAUUCAUGGAGCUCCUGGAGUGGGUCCAGCCGAGGCUGCGGAGAUGAUGAAGGGACUGGAGCAUCUCUCUUACAAGAAAAGGCUGAGGAAGCUGGGGCUGUCCAGCCUUGAGAAGAGACACUGAGAGGGGACAUCAUCACUCUCUGUCAGUAUUCCACAGUUGAAAUUACAGAUUUUCUCCCCCCCCAAAAAGGUACCGGAGAUCACCAGCUGCUCUUCAUAAACUGUAAAUGAGGAGACCUGUGCCACAGCCUGCAAGAGCCACAGUUCUCCCAGUGCCUGGUAGGAUCUGUGCUACCUGCCCUGCACAUCCACAUGUGUAGCUGGAUCCUGCCUGCAGCAGGAGACAUGGAGCUGUCACUCCCAGCAGUGGGUCAGGGCUUUCUGACACCUCCAGCACUUCCAGGUGUGCAACUGGAGGAGCCUCAGCUCCAUAUUGGACACGGGUACCUGUCCUUUCUGCUGGGCUGGGACAGGGACAGGCAGCAUCCUGCUGGCCCUGAUGCUGCACCCCAGGGGUGAGUGUGUGCUCUAAGCUCUGAAGGCUCCACAGCACUGCCAAGUCCCAGAAUAGCUUUUCUUCCACUAACUCCAUCUGUAAAAACACCUUCUAUGUUGAAUAUUUCUAUGUGACUAUUCCCCUGGCCUCAUCCAAGCAAAUGCAGCACCUUCCUCUGAAGGGAACUGUAGCUUGGAAGCCCAGGGACAGGAGACUGUUGUAAAUAAAGUGUAUGGAAAAGGAA